AUGUUUUGCUUUAUUGAAAAUCCCUUGAUAACGUUGAACUCUAGGCGCAUUUGUGAAGGGGAUUUGCAAUGCGGUAAAAGCGUUGGACAUUUGCAAUGCGGUCUCGCACAGGGUCGAUUCCAGAAGCUAGCUGAGAUUGAUGUCUCUGCUCUGGAGCAGAGAUCGAUUGGGGACAGCCCGGAUCUUGGACCCAGAGGUGAGUUGGUGGGGAAGGGGGAGGCUGCUGGGUUUUGGUGUUAG